UGGGUCACUGUGCGCAGGGGGCGCCGGUGGGCCGCAGAGGCAGGGCAUGCCGAGUCGGCCUCCGCCGCACCGAGCGGGGGGGCUCUUGGCCGCUGUCCCCGCGCCGCCAGUCUGCCCGGCCCUGCGCCCCACCCCUUGCGGGCCCGGCCCGCGCCGCGCUGCGGAACCGCGGGGCCGCCGCCACCGCCCGCCGCGGAGUGGCCGCCACUGGUUCGUGCGGCCGCCGCAGCGGCUAAGCCCCUCCUCUCCGCCCGGCCCUUCCCAGUGCAGCCCGUCUCCGAGCCGCCUGUUUGCCCGGCCCCCGCCACGGUGGCCCCGCCCCGCCCUGCUCCGCGUGGGCUUCAGCGGAAGAGCCCAGCAGGGAUGGCCCCUCCUCGCCUUGUCCCUGCGCCGCGCCGGAUGCCGCGCGCGGGGUCGCCGCCGCCGCCGCCGCCACCAGCGGUCUGCCCGGCCCCCACCAUGCCGCCGCCGAAACAAAACCACAGUCCACGUUCCUGACAAAUUCCCUGGUGGGCUGAGUAAAGGCUGGAGAAUUUCCACCUCAGAAGAUGGAAACCUUCAGGGCCAAAGAGGAGGACAAGGAGCACUCUGGGUGGUAGCAGGAGCCUCACUGAAACAGACUGCAUCUUUUGCAGGCAUCCAUGGCCACCUCUCACAGCAAAGAAAAUCUCCCUCACCUCAGGUGAAAUGGGAACAUGGGGUGCCUUGGUUCCCAGCCAGCACUUCACCUCCUCCCUCUAUUGUACUGCAGUUACGUAGGAAGUACUGUGGCCUCACAGCUGGAGCAGGCACCACAGUCCUGCAGCCAGAGCUGCUGACACUCACUGCCAACAGUUAAUCAAGAUUCAUCAACUGCUUUGAUUGCAUUGCACAUCAAGGGGCAGAUAAUGCUGAUAAACCCCUCUGCAGUGAGGCCAAAACAGAGUGACCAUGCCAGAAAAUCAAUACAGCCAUUCUGUAUUUGCAUAGUGUAAUAAAUGACAUGGGAUAAUUCGUGUUAUAAAGUUAUAUGUAUAUAAAAAAAUAAAUGUAACAAGCAAGCCCGGGUUUGUGGCAAUAAAACUGGCGAGUCAGGGCUUUGUAGUGAUUGCCUUUCAGGAGGAACAAAGGUUGUGGCCAGGUGGAGCUGAAGAGCGAGAAGCACCACCAUUAACAACAAGAGAGUGGACCGAUUCUUUCUGGGCAAGGAGACUGUAAAAUGCCCAGCAAGAUAUUGAUCUCAGCAGAAAUAUCGGAGAAGACACACCUCUAUUUCAUCAUUUCAACUCCCUACUCAGACACCCUGAAAAAGUCUAUUCAGCAGAGGGGACCUAAAAUUAUUAUUCAUCUUUCUCCGGAAAGCCUAUUGAGAAGACGGGUGGCUGAAUAGAACAAAGAACUUUGGGGGCCACGGGCAAAAUAAACUGUAUUUAAGAGGACCCUGAACGGGCUGAAUUUGUGAAUUUGUGUCACAGUGCGAGGCUGUGGCUACUGUUCAUCCAGUGUCAAUCCCGGAUUAUCGGCACUGCACUUUCGAUUGCUGGUUUGCCUAAAUUU